AUGACGCCUGUUGGGUUCCACCACCUCGUCGAGCGACACCUCGUCCCACGCGUUCUCGUCGGGCGAGAACCCGUACUCCGCGAGCAGGAAAUCCCCACUAUGCCGCCCGUAGCAGAUGUACACCUCUUCCCCGGCGCCGUACUCCUCUCCGCCGCCACCGACAAGCCCAUGGACGAGAACCGCUCCUUGCACCCGCGCGCCGCGUGGUUCAGCAGAUCCGCCACCGGAAUCAACGCCAGACGAUCCCGCUGCGCCACGCCACCCCGCCGCCGCCGCCCCCGCAACCCGCGCCGACGGCGCCCCGCCCCCGUGGUCCCGCGCGGGGCCCGGCAGCAAAGGUCCCGCGCGCAGGGCCGGCGGGAAAAACGGGGUGCUGCGCCGGAGGUCCGCGAGGCGCGGGAAGGCGGCGCGCCAGGGAGCCGUGGGGUAGUCGUCGGUCGCGGCUUGCAGCGCGAGGGAGGCGGCGAGGAGGCCGUGGACGCUGAUGCGGGGAGCUUGCGCGUGAUGUGGGCGGGGACUUUUUCGCGCGUGUGGAAGGCGGCGAGGGGACUUGGAUGA